AUGGCUAAUCAGCCAUCGAGUAUACUCGGUGGCUAUGCUAUAAAGAUACAUGAGGCCCCGUACCACUUGAGUUACGGCGAUGUGUGUGGUGCCGCCCUAAUCCAUAAAAUAUGGGCGAUCACAACUGCACAUUGUGGCAAAAGCCUUACUUACGUAAGAGUUGGGAGAACAUGGCGUCUUGAAGGUUAUGCAGUCAAAAUAUUGGAACACAUUGUACACCCUAAGUAUCAACUGGAACAUAAAUUUGACUAUGAUGCUCAGCUUUUGAAGUUGUUUAGAGCUUUGCGGUUCAGUAAAACGGUGAAACCUAUUCGCAUCGGUAAAAAUCAUGACGGAAGCGUUUUCGUCUCUGGUUGGGGAUAUUCUAAGGAAAAGGGUGAGUAUAACGAUACUCUUCAGCAAGUCAAGGUACGCAUCGUGUCCAUGGAAAGCUGUCAGAAAGUAGAUCAAUCUUGGUAUAACAAUACUCUCACGGCGAGAAUGUUUUGCGCUGGUGGAUGGGAGUACGACACCUGUCAGGGUGACAGUGGUGGAGGAGCAGCAUCCAGGAGAGGCGAGUUAAUCGGCCUCUCGUCUUUCGGUUACGGCUGCGGUCGAAAAAUGCCUGGAGUUUACACUAAUAUAUCUGAUCCUGAAAUUAGAGAAUGGAUACUUGAAAUUACGGGUGUAUAA